AUGCUGCGAGAUAAUCCUCAAAUAUCCGCGAGAAGAAGACUCCAACUUGCUCUUAUUCUGAUUGUUGACGGUGUCCUUAUAGCAAAUUCGGCGAUUCACAAGCCAUCUCCAAGGUACGUGACCAUGGUUCAGGAUGUCGAAGCCUUUCUCCAAUUCUCAAGGGGUCGUGAGUCAUUCCUCCGCACCAUUGGCACAAUGAUGCCACUGCUAUCCACUCCGGGGAAGAGAGAAGAAUCCACCUCCACACUUCGCACCCAACUCCGUUCUGGCAGUAUGCGUCUGUGUGGAUUCCCUCUCGCGUUGCAGCUUCUCGUUUUACGGCAAAUCCGUGCCCUUCUCGAGAGGCUCCCUUCUACAGCAGAGGAGCCCAUUCUUCUCCACAUGGAUGGCAUUGUCAUUCCCAAAUAUGGAUCUCUAACCUUAGAUCAGACACACCUCACGGAAGCGGAUCCAAAUCUAAACGUUUGCCUCAUGGUUGACGUUAAGCGACCGGAAGAAACCGAAUGGGAUGACGAGUCGGGGGAUAGGAAAAUCAAAUAUAUGCACACCAAAAUCAUCAGCGGCUACACAUUCCGGAAGCAAGAAUGGCCCGGCGGCGAUGCAUCCUGUCCCAUCAUUGUCACCAAGCACGCCCCCGUCCAACGGCAACACAAGAAACACAUUGUUGACAGAAACCAAGCAUAUCGCGAACACCUCAAAGCCAAGGCUCCAACAACUUCUUUCAAGAAAAAAAUACCCGAUUAUAUAUUACACGGUCCACGAACCGAGGAUACAGACAACUACCACAUCAGUCAACCGACUACGCCCCAAGGGCACGAAGAGAUCAUAGCCUCUGUUCUCUCUGACCUAAACAACCAUCCUCCUGGGUCAUUACGUCGCAGCGCAGAAAAGGGGAAUUUAGCCGCACACGAUGGAGACCCUAUUCCUGGUGAUCCCGACUCACAUGCUUCCAUACACGACUGCCAAGAUUCCCUUCCCGAGGAGCCUAUACAACCAACAAAUCCACACACCAAUAACUUCCCCAACGAGCCUGUGAAUGACGCCGCCCAACUCUCCACUACGCAGAAGGGCCCUACACAUCUUACGCAUCCACUAGAUAUUACAUGCCAGCAAUCGUCUGCUACAAAUCAUGCUCACGUACACUACAACAUGUCGAAGCUAGAGCCCAAUGCUGUCAUUGUAGAGGGGAAUUCAAACCACUGUACAAGGAGCCCAAUCAACACACCUCCUGAAAAAGAGCACAUGGAGGUUUUGAUUAAAUGGCUAGCAACGAGAGAAUACGGGGGACACCAAGACUCCGCAGCUUACUGCCCUCCAGAGCUACUAGAAAUUUUACUAGCCAGAGAUAGGAAGUUCCGCAUGUCAAGAAACAAGGCAAACUUCAGAUGGGACGACAUCCGCCGUUACGUCAACGCGGAAGGAAGGACUUGGGUGAAGGACACCGACACCGUAUACGUCCCCAUCCUCUGUCCCGCCGCAUCCCAGCAAAACGGCUUGACAAGUUACACCUGGAACCGAGUACCAGAUUUGUACCAGAACAAACGCAGCGGCGACUGCGGGCCCGUAGCCAUUAAGUUCAUGGAGAUGCACACUGCCGGGGAUCCAGAUCAUCACAUGUUCGGCUUCACUGACGAGAUCAUUGACCAAUUCCGCAAACAAUACGCCCUAGACCUUUACAGAGACCUAGUCAUACCUCUCUACUAG